UUGUCGUUCAGCUUAGAGGUCAUUGUCAAGGCGCUAAUUUUGUCAUAGCAUCCUCAAGAUGAUUUUAUAAGCCCGAUGACUUAUAUUGAUCUAUAAGCAAAUUACAUGAAGUUGAGUAGUCAAAGAUGAAUCGUUUAAGGAGGACUUUCAGCUUUCGAAAACGGAAAAAGCAAAAUAAGAACGAGACUGGUGAUUCUUCGAAACCGCAACAAUGGCUAAAUGAUGAGGUAAAAAUCAAAGAGGGAUUCUGUAGCUUUCAAGUUAAGUAUUUAGGGAACAUUGAAGUUUACGAGUCAAGAGGGAUGCAAGUAUGUGAAGAAGCGAUCAAGGCCUUAAGAAAAUCAAAGAAGAAACCCCAAAAAGCCGUUUUGUCUGUCAGUGGUGAUGCUUUACGCGUUUCAGAUGAUGUUAGCCAGCAUCUUAUCGUCGAUCAGACUAUUGAAAAAGUUUCGUUUUGUGCUCCUGAUCGAAAUCACGAGAAGGGCUUCGCAUACAUAUGUCGUGAUGGAGCUACCCGCCGUUGGAUGUGUCACGCAUUUCUUGCUGUCAAGGAAUCUGGUGAACGGUUAUCUCAUGCUGUCGGAUGCGCUUUUGCUAUAUGUUUGGAGAAGAAACAAAGACGUGAACGGGACGCGCUUCAGUUAGAGGCUUCAGAUGAUCGUCCAACUUUCGCACGUGUUGGGUCGUUUCGUCCGGCUACACUCGCUGAACGAUUAUUAGAUCCUCAGUCUACUAUUGCAGUUGACCCAGUUCAAAAACCUGAUAAAACAUCUUCGACAUCAUCGACCACUAUAACUCGUGUGUCUUCACCAGUUAAUCAUAUUGGAGCUAUUCCACGACCCCAUGCCAGUCCAUCGAUUAUUGAACGCCAAGGUUCAUUAAGAAUAUUUCCAAGACUACAGGAAACUAGUCCUUUUAAGAGAGAUCUUUCAUUACGUCUUGAAGGGGUUCCUUCAAAUUUACGCCGUUUGCCUGGAAUAAUUCAAGGUGCACCUAUAGCUGAAGAACCAGACAAAGAAUUUGAAUCAACUGGAUUAGGAGCAUUUGUUAAGAAUAAUGGGCAACUUGAAAAGAACCAAUCAGUUACUGUAAAUUCUACGUCUAAUUGGAACCCAUCCAUAGUAGUAGUGACCAGUUCAUCUUUUAACGUUCCAAUGAUGAAUGGUUCAGUUUCAGUAACUCAACAAUUUAUACCUAGUAGUCCAUUUAUGAAUGAUUUAAAUUUUAAUGCUGGAACAUCGCAAGCAUUAAUGCCACCAAUUAUUUCCGAUCCUUUUUCUGCUGCUCCAGUUAAUCCAGCUACAAUAAAACAACACUAUCAAAUGGAAUUACAACAGCAGACAGCUCAACAGCAACAACAUCAACAACAAAUCACAGAUCCUUCACUAGUAAAUUCCAAAGCUUCAACGACAGUUGUUACAACUGUCAGUUCCACACCGACUUCACCGUUUUUAGGUGGACCACCAAUUGCCGCUCCAACUGUAUCGACUACAACAGCUUUUAAUUGUAGUCCAUGGGGAGUUACAUAUCCACAACAGAUGCAACAAUUUAACAAAUCUAUUAUUCAACAUAAUUCCAUGUCACCUAGUUCUACUAUUGGUACAGUGAAUCCUCAAUCAAACUUAGUUUAUCCUUCCAAUGGUUCUGUAAAAUUGGGUUCUACAAAUCCAUGGUUAUCAUCAAUUAGGUUGACUGGUGAAAAUAGUAAUAAUACAAACUGGCCAACUUCAUCGUCAUCAUUAUCACCGGCUCUUCUACCACCGGAACCUGAUUGUCUGUCGGAUCCGUUCGAUUUAGGUUGGGUGGAGAGAGCUACAGCUGGUGUAUCGACUACAUCCAAUGGACGAGGAAUCAAUAAUCCAUUUCUGAUUACCAAUGGAGGUGGUGGUGGUGGGGGUGAUAAUAUUCUUAAUCAAAAUUGAAUAAUCUUUUCGUUAAUUAAAUCAACAAUUUAAUUAUUAGUUUUGUUUGUAUAUAAUACAUAUAUAUAUCUAUCUAUCUAUCUAUUUAUCAACAAAAGGAAUGAAGAAAGUUCUGUUUCAAUAAUGGUCAAUGGUGAAUUUCAUUUCUAUUUCAUUACUAUUUAUUCCUCAUUUGUUAGUCUCUCUCACUAACCAUAACUUUCUUUACUUGAUACAAAACAUACUCUAUAAUAACAUAUUUAGAAUAUCAUGUUUCAAAAUGAAUUACAUUGUUUUACAAUAUGUUUUUUGCUUCAGUUUGUAAUUUUAUCAGGGGUACGAAUAAACAACAUCAUUAUUAAAAACAUUAAGCCAAUGCCUAUAUGUCCGCAUUCCUUCACACACACACACACACACAUAUAUAUAUAUAUAUUUAUAUGUACACAAAUAAACACUUCCUUUCUGUAUCGAUUAUUUCUCCAUUAUCCAUCAAAACAGUAUAUGACAUGGAUAACAUUGAAGAGCAUUGGAGGCGGAAUACUGUUACAUUUUUUCUCUCCAGUAAGAGUUUCGACUAGCACAUUCGCUACUGAAUCAGUGUUUUCGUCAACAAAAAAAGUGAUAGAUUCUCCUGUAGUAAUAUUUUGAUGUCGAUUUUCUUGUUUCCUUUUGCUUCUAUCCAUAAUGCUUCUUUCUUUUAGAAAUUCGACAACAUUGGCAAAUAAUCUGAGUAUAUUUUGCACAAAAUAACCAUUAUAUAUGCAUUGCCUCUCUUAUUAUUUUUUAUCGUUAGUGGUAUUGAUUGAUCUUACUGCAGUCGCUCGUAUUUGUUUAUUUAUCUAAUUUCUCUGCCUUUAUACCCUCGCCUUCAGUUUGAUCUCUUCAUUGCUUUGUUCAUUUUUUUUAAUCUUUGAACAGCGGUUUAUUUACUUGCCACAUUGCAUGCCUAUUAAACUCUUUUCCUCCUCCUCCUCCUUGUCUUCAUCUCUAUCAUCAUUUAUCUACACCAUUCUUUCUUUUUUUUUGCUUUUCAACAGUUCACGUUUUCAUUCAGUGGACAAGUUUUCCUUUUCCAUUUAUUGGCUUCAAUUUCUCUAUGUUUUGUUUUUACUAAAAUUUCAUAUUUUCCUGAUCUUAUAAUGUAACAUAUUGUUUUUAUUUUCAAUUGAAAACAAGAAUUACUGAAUUAAAAUUAAUCACACUAUUAUUAUUAUUAUUAUUAUUCCCAAAUAUGACUUCAUCUUAUUUUCUUCCUAGUUUCGCUUGAUUUUAUCAUCUUCCCUGUGUUGUUGGCUACUGCUACUGCUUGUGGUCUGUUAACCAACCAUAAAGAUGAUUGGGCAGCGAUGCUAGUGAUGUUGGCAAAUGGCUAUUAGAAUCAUUAAUAAUUUUCACAUCAAUAUUUUCCUCUUUUCUAUCUCCAGCUUCUUUUUAAUAUUUUUGGUUAACGAUGUAUUAUUUACUUUGUUCUCUUACUUUGUUACAAAUUUUUUUUUUCAUAAAAAUCUUUUAUUUAAAUAUAACUAAUUAUGUGUGACAGAAAAUUGUUUUCUCGAACUUUCAAUAAUCAUAGAAAUUUUAUUUGAUAACAUUGUGUAACAUGAUUUAAUGCUUAUUUACCAGUGCAGUAUUUUUUCAAUUUGAGAGACGUACUUGAAAGAAAUUAAUUUAAUGACCUAUUUGUGUAUUAUUCUACUUUUUCUUUGUUUUCUGUAUAACUUUUUUUUCUCACUAAUGACAAACAAUCAACACAGACUGUGUUAUUAGUUCUAGUAGCAAUAAGCAUAACAUUUAAAAUUCUUAAUAGUAGAUUGUAUAUCAGCUAUCUUAUUUGAUGUUUGAUUUAUACAUAUACAUAUACAUAUAUAUAAAUAUAUUUAUGCGCCAAAAUAAACUUUAAACCAAUCUCUUUUUCUUUCUUAUUGUCACUUGAUGUUGUUUAGUAGAAGUGAGAUCUACUUUUUCUUUUCUGUCAUUUCAUUUUAUCUGUUAUACAAUUAAUUUACUCAUACUCUUUUGAAUUUAUUCCAGAUCUUCUGUGUAUUAAAGAUAAAUGAAAUAAUGUGAACAUUACAAAUAGAAAUGAUUUUGAUGUUACAA